AUGGCCAAGCGGCGUGCGGCCGAGCCGCUGACGUUCCACGUGCCUUGGAAGCGGCUCCUGCUCUGCGACUUCCCCGAGGAGCCGCCGCCGCUCUGGAUCCCGCCGCCGGGGGCCUCCCAUCCCGGGCAGCCGGUCGGCGUCCCGGAGCUGCCCCGAAAGCGCAAAAUCGACGCGGGGGCUAUGACUGAGCCUUCAGCUUCGCCCAGCAAGCGCCGCGACGGCCAGGACAGCAGCGUUCCGGGCGGCGUGCAGCGUGAGGGCCGAGGCCUGGAGACGGGAGAGCCGCCGCAGCCGCUGCCUCCCGUGCGGCCCCCCGGGCCAGGGGAGGAGCCCCGGGGCGCCCGGCCCCCGAGGGGCGGUGGCGACGACGGGGCGGGGCGCACAGAGCCGCGGCGGGGAGACUGGGGGGCAGCACCGCGCCAGCUCAAUGAAGAAUUUUGGCAGUAUAACACCUUCCAGUACUGGAGAAAUCCUUUACCACCUAUUGAUCUGGCAGACAUCGAAGAUGUAGUUGAAGACAACCUGCCAGAAGCAACGCUUCAGGGCAAGGAUGAAGUGGUUGAGAUUGACAUGGAGUCCUGACAGAGGAGCUGAAGAAUAGGUUUCUUCUGAAUUUGAGGAGGCACCUCUUAAAUGAAUUCACAUAUUCUUAAGGAAAAAAGUUAUUUUCCAUACUUGAUGUGAUACCAUUCCCAAACCUGAAAAAUGAGGAAAAGUUGUUUUAAAGAUAAAUGCCUACAGUCAGUACUGAAACUUUCAAAAGGGGUUUGUCAAGGAUGUAGUGCAGUUACAGGGGAAGUGUUUUAUAUAUGUACUCUUAAAGAAAAAUUUAUGUUUAGACUCAAUUUGAAAAUACUGAUCUUAUAGAAAGGAAUUCUGACAGUUUUAGAAGUAGGUGGGGAACACUCAAAUAUUCCUCUUCUCUGUACCAAAAAGUUAAUUUGUGGUACAUGAAAUGAAUAUUGUUUUAUAAUAACUCUUAUUAAUAAAAUGCUUUCUAGUACAUUGUAUUGACUCCUCUAAGUUGAAUGAAUAGCUGACUUAAACAUCUAUGCAAACUUAAAAUGUAGGGGGUUAAAGGUGGUAUAGUUUUAAAAGAACUUUCUAA